AGGACUUCCAACACGUACUCGGGUUCGUAACAUUCGUCUUUGACUCUUGCACGUCCUCUGGCUAUCGCAUUCCCACCACGUUGCCCAAAUCUGCCGAUCCUCCGCACCGCCGAAGCGCCGUAACGUGUCCGCCGGUCGCGACCACUCAAAAUAGCACGAUGCUGCUCAAGCUAACAACCUCCACGCGCUACGUGCUCCUCGUCCUCCUUCUCGUCCUCGGCAUCCACUCCAUCCUGAGCUUCACCCACGAGGACUACGGUCGUGCCACGUCCCUCUCACAAAUAGCCGCCAAACUCUCGUGGGGCUCCAACGACGCACUCGAUAGCAUCCCCGACGAUUAUUUCUAUCAUGAGCUCGAGCCGACGCCGUACAACGUCUCCCGGCGCGCGAACGCGACGAUGCUCAUGCUCGCGCGGAAUAGCGAUCUUGACGGGGCGAUGCGCAGCGUGCGCGAGCUGGAGGAUAGGUUCAACCGCCGGUAUCGCUACCCCUGGGUGUUUCUGAACGAUGAGGAGUUUUCGGAUGAGUUCAAGAGACGGAUAAGCAACGUCGUGUCGGGCCCUGUGUCGUUUGGCUUGGUUCCUCGCGAGCAUUGGGUCCAGCCUGACUGGAUAGACGAGGAUAGGGCCCGGGAGAGCAGGGACAAGAUGGUGGAGAACAAUAUCAUCUAUGGCGGGAGUGUCUCGUACCGCAAUAUGUGCCGCUUCAACUCAGGGUUCUUUUAUCGUCACCCGCUCCUGCAGCAGUACAAGUGGUACUGGCGAGUCGAGCCUGACGUGCACUUCCACUGCGACAUCGAGUUUGAUCCGUUCGUGUACAUGGAGGACAAUGAUAAGGUUUAUGGCUUUACGAUCACCAUGUAUGAAUACGAGGCGACAAUCCCGACACUCUGGGAGACGAUCAAAGAGUUCAUGCGUCUGCACCCCGAGUACGUCUCUCCGAACAACGCGAUGGGCUAUCUCUCCGAUAACAACGGGAAUACAUACAACCUCUGCCAUUUCUGGAGCAACCUUGAGAUCGCGAGCAUGGACUUUUGGCGCGGAGAGGCGUAUUCGACGUACUUUGAUUUCUUAGAUUCGAAGGGCGGGUUCUACUAUGAGCGCUGGGGCGACGCACCAGUGCACAGUAUCGCAGCGGCACUGUUCGCGCGGAAGGACCAGAUCCACUUUUUCGACGAGAUUGGGUAUGAGCACAAUCCGUACACGCAUUGCCCGCGUGGGCCCGGCGCAUGGGAGCGCGGGCACUGCUCGUGUGAUACUGGGAGGAGUUUCGAUUAUGAUGGCUACUCGUGUAUGCGGCAGUGGGACCGCAUUCAGUAGAGCUGAUGUUGUUCGGCCGGAUGAUAUAUAGACGGUGAGAUGCUUAGAUCUACAGCAUUUCUGUUCAUAUGUACGUGUAAAAGUGUAUGUCGUGUUGGUAAUGUAAUUUAUUCUGCCCGGCACCGGUGCCUUCGUAAUCAUUUCUUGCUGUG